GACGUCUCGCCAGGCCGCUGUCCUCCUGCUGCCAAGAUGGCGGCCUCCGGGAGCUGUGCUCUAUGGCGGAACUGCGGCCGUCGGUGGUCGCGGGCGGUGAGGGGCUGCCCGCUCCCUGGGCUUCGUAGCUCCUGGCCCGGGGGCCCACUGGGAGCGCGGUUCAUGUCCCAAGAGAAGCAGGCAACGGAAACGCACUUCGGGUUUGAGACUGUAUCGGAGGAGGAGAAGGGAAGCAAAGUCUAUCAGGUGUUUGAAAGUGUGGCCAAGAAGUAUGAUGUGAUGAAUGAUAUGAUGAGUCUUGGUAUCCAUCGUGUCUGGAAAGACUUGCUGCUAUGGAAGAUGCGGCCGCUUCCUGGGACUCAGCUGCUGGAUGUUGCUGGAGGCACAGGUGAUAUUGCAUUCCGGUUCCUUAAUUAUGUUCAGGUACAGCAUCAGGAAAAGCAGAAGAGGCAGUUAAAGGCCCAACAAAAUUUAUCAUGGGAAGAAAUUGCCAAAAAGUACCAGAAUGAGGAGGAUUCCUUGGGAGGUUCCCGUGUCAUGAUCUGUGACAUCAACAAGGAGAUGCUAAAGAUUGGAAAACAGAAAGCCUAUGCUCAAGGAUACAAAACUGGACUCACUUGGGUAUUGGGAGAUGCUGAAGAGCUGCCCUUUGAUGAUGACAAGUUUGAUAUUUACACCAUUGCCUUUGGGAUCCGGAACGUCACACAUAUCGAUCAGGCUCUCCAGGAAGCUCACCGGGUACUGAAACCAGGAGGACGGUUUCUCUGUCUGGAGUUUAGCCGAGUGAACAAUCCCCUCAUCUCCAGGCUUUAUGAUCUAUACAGCUUCCAGGUAAUUCCUGUCCUGGGAGAGGUGAUCGCAGGAGACUGGAAGUCCUACCAGUACCUUGUAGAGAGUAUCCGGCAGUUCCCAUCUCAGGAGGAGUUCAAAGAAAUGAUAGAAGAUGCAGGUUUUCAGAAGGUGACUUAUGAAAGUCUAACAUCAGGCAUUGUGGCCAUUCAUUCUGGUUUCAAACUGUAACUCCUUUACAACUCUGAGGGGUGAGACAGUCACAUCCUGUGGGAAGCCUGGAACUGAAGGAUAAUCUGGCCAGUGAGACCAGCAGCAAAGUAUCUCCUCUUAUGGAUAUGUGGACUCAUGUUCUUAUGCAACCAGUCUCAAAAUGAAAGAAACAAAAGCCUGUCACUUUAUUGCAGCUUUCAUGAGGUACCGCUUCAAGCCUUCUCCCAGAGGUUCUCUUUGUUCAACUCCUAAGUUUUCUGGGCUGUGCAGUGUGUGGAAAACCAGCAUUAGAGCUCUGUUUUGAAAUAUUUCUGCUGCUUCUCCACCAGUGCUGCCUUCCAGAGGGAUAAUGAAUCAUUUGAACCCAAUGAUUUGAACCAGAAAAUUUCCUAGCUGUAUCUGAGCACUUUACAGCUGACCUUACAGCGGAGGACUUCAAGUCUGAGGCCAAAAGCCAAGGCUCAGGUCAGAUGGCUACUGGUCAUAAUUACAAUUAUGCACUGAACUACUAAAGUUAGGAGUCUACAGUUUGCCUGGUAUUUGUCAUUUUUUUCUUGAGGUGAGGGAAAUACAUUUUCUCAUCUUUCACUCAGUUCUUUUCUACCAAAAGCCACCAUUGUGUCCUCAGGGCCUGUCAUGAAGAUAACUCAACAAAUCCUUGUUGAAAGGAAAAUGUACCAGCAAACUUCUGCUAUCAUGUCUUACAGUUUGUCAGCAUACAUCUGAAUUCUGUUAACAAAAAAAUCAUUUGAAUAUUUAUCUAGCCUAAGCCCCGUCCAGUAUUCAGGGACAGAAGUGGGCAUAGGUCUCCUUAAUACCAGUCCAUUGUUUGAUGUUAAAAUGCCAUAAAUAUUUUGAGGGUGGAUAAAGUUUAAGGUUGUUAAGGGGUCUUACUGAGAAAUUACUGAUAUCAACCUGUAACUUGGCUGGUAGUUGGUUGUGAAUAACUUCGUUCAAUUUGAAAAGAUCUCAGACAUGCUGCUUUUUGACCUUGCAUAGGAGUCAUUUCUAUAACUUCACACACAAGACCGUCCUGUCACUGAAAGCUUCCAGAUGCAGCUAUCACAAUUAUCUCUAAGAACAGCAGGUAAGAGCAUUGUCGAGAACAUGGUGUUGCUCCAUGCAGGGUUGCCACAAAACAUUCAACUUAUAAAAAGCUAUGUGCAAAAAAAUGCAGCACAAUAAAACGAGGUAUGCCCAUAACUGAAAGCUGCUACUUCCUGGCAACAGCUAUGGGCCUGCUCCAUUUAGAGGCUUGUGUCCAGCUGUUUGUAGACUCUAGGGUCUGUUGCUGGGGACUAUUUGGAACGAGGGCUAACUGAACAAGAUUAAUAUAGCUUUGAUGACCAAAUUCCUUUGGGCUUCAAAUAGGAAUACAGCCAGGUCACUAAAGAGGGAAACAGAAAAAAAUUAUGGAACACUUCAGCUGUUUGUGAAAGCUGAAUCACAGCAGUCUUAUGUUCCACAGUACCUCCUCGUCCAUCUAUCCCAGUCCUGAUGUAGCACCACCUUACUCCAAUUCUAAAACCAGUCCUGGUAAAGAAACUUUUUGAAAGAUGUUUACUGAUCUAAUGCUGCUCUUAAAAUCAUCACACAUCAAUUCAAACCUGGCUUCCUAGAAAUCCAUUUAUCUCACAGAUCCAGGGUCUGAAACAAAAAGCAUUACCUCAUUUGAACACUGAAAAUACUGUAGGGGAACUGAAGUCAGGGCCUUCCUUGUAACUCCCCAAGAUGGCUGCUGCUUCAACCUUUGGAAGAUUUUUUCUACGCAGAGGUCAAGUCUGUCAUACUUGCUCUUCUUCAUAGGAAAGACUUGAGUCUUCCUAAAAUUAAUAGCAGCAAGUUUAAUGGUUCUUUAGCCACAGGUUUAGUGACAUGUUAAUGAAAGCUUCAAUUCACAUUUGUUAAUUGGAUUUGUGACUACAGUCAGUUAAAGCACAGCAGGCUUAAGAGUUUAAAUUCCUGCAAAGACUUUAUUAGAACCACAUGGAAGGCUGCUACUCAAAAACUUAUUUUCCCUUUUAUCACCAUCUUCAACCUAUUUGGGGCAGGGCAGAGGGUGGGCAAUAGCCUAGAACCCAGAAAAGCACUUCUCAUUAGCUCAAAUUUCAGCUUAUUCCCAUUUUAGAGCCAUGGAAAGUUUAAAGUAGUUACCCAUUCAUUACCACCGCCACCUGAGGGCUAAGGCCCAGAAUAUUCUAUAGCAACAUAUUUAACAAAAGCAGCAUUUUAUUGAUAGUAUUCAUCAGAUCAGGUGUUAAGAAUCCAGAAAGUUGGGCCACCACGGUGGCGCAGCGGUUGAGCACUGGGUUGUGAAGCUGCCCGCAGCCUCUGCAGCACCGGUUCGAUCCCAGACUGAUCCCCGGCCACUGGAGGAGGGCCCCACAUGGUGCUCAGACCUCUCCUGCCGCCCGCUGCUCCCCUCAGCAGUGUGCUUCGGUCCUUCUGCCUGCUCUGGCUCUGGUGAAUUCUCUCACGCUCCCACGCUUCUGACUGUACCCAGUGCUUGUAUAAAUAAAUAAUCUUAAAAAAAAA